AUGGCACCCUGGCUCAACUACUUCGGCUUCGGUGCGAACGCAGACAGUACAGUCCAACCAGAGCCUCCAAAGAAGGGCACCAUCCGUGCUCUCCCUGCACCAUGGUACACAUCACAGGAGAUGUACGAACUUGAGCGCCGAGCAAUCUUCUCUCGACGAUGGAUGUUCAUCACACACAAGGGUCGUCUACAGAAACCCGGCGACUUCCUACGCUACCAAGUAGCUGGCUAUGAUUUCAUCAUCGUUGUUGAUCGACAGAACAACAUCAACGCUUUCCACAACAUCUGCCGACACCGAGCUUACAGUGUUGUUGAAGAGGAGCGUGGAACGAAGAACAUUCUGUCUUGCAGGUACCACGGCUGGUCAUACGGAUUGAACGGAAAGUUGGCCAAGGCCCCUGAUUAUCAUCUUCUCGACGGAUUCGAAAAGGAGAAGAAUGGUCUCUUCCCUAUCCAUGUCAGGGUAGACUCUAAGGGCUUUGUCUGGGUCAACCUCGAUUCGAACGAGACGCCAGAAGUCUCAUGGGAGCAGCAUUUCGACGGUGUAGACGAGCAAAAGAGAUUCUCGAAGUUCAACUUCGACGACUACGAGCUUGAUCACACAUACGGUAAAUGCACCCCAGCAGUAUGCAACCAUUUGGUGAUGCUAAUGGAUACUCUCAGAAAUGCCUGGCGCCUACAACUGGAAAAUCCUCUCCGACAACUUCAACGAAUGCUACCAUUGCAAGACCACCCACCCUGACGUACCCACCUUCCUCACAAUCGACUCACACGAUUGCGAAGGUAAAGCCGGCCACAUCCAACACGACCAAGCCCCAACACCAGAGCAGGUGGCAAAAGGCUACGACGUAAACAGCACCUACUACUUCCCCAACGUCAGCAUGAGCGUCUCUCCUCACUUCAUGAUGAUCCAAAAGUUCCUCCCAACAGGCCCCUCGGCAUGCAGUAUGCAUUACGAAGUCUACAGGAACAAGAACUCGAGCGAGCAAGAUUUCAAACUGAUCGCGGACACGUAUGCGCGGGUGAUGAGUGAGGACAAGGUUCUUUGCGAUCGGGCACAGAAGAAUUUGAAUGCGGGUGUUUUUGUUAAUGGAGAACUCCACCCGAAGUGGGAGAAAGGUAAGUUACUCCAUUCUUCUCCUUCCGAAUACGUGCGCUUGCUAAAGUCUUUCCCAGGCCCACUGUUCUUCCAGUCUACCUGCAGAGAAGUCAUCACGGAGCACUAUAAGCGCGAGAAGACUGCUGGUCAUGAGAUUUGGCCGGCGAGGCAGCAACUGCCACCAGAUGCGGACAUUAGCCACGAGGAUCUGGAGAUUUGCAAGGGCUUGGCUUGUGGUGCACAGAAGGAAGUUUUGGCGUGGUAG